AUGGGUUCAGCAGACGAAAAGCCAGAUAUAAAUUUGGAAGAGGCGCCAGCUCACGUAAUGGACGCCGAUGAACUCCUACUCCAGUCUCUCGGUUACAAGCAGGAUCUGAACCGUUCAAUUUCUGCCUUUUCGAAUUUUGCAAUUGCAUUUUCAUGCUGCUCCGUCCUCUCGGGUCUUACACCUAUGUGGGGUGAUGCCAUGAUUGAUGCUGGUUCUCUUGGUGUUAUCUGGGGCUGGGUUAUUACUGGCAUCUUCACCAUGAUUGUCGCCAUGUCUUUAGCUGAAAUUUGUAGUGCUUAUCCAACCACUGGAGGUUUAUAUUUCUGGGUUUCACGACUAUCAACAUCGGAGUGGGUUCCUUUGGCUUGUUGGCUGACUGGAUGGUGUAACUGGGUUGGUCUUGCUUUCGGUAUUACUUCUGUUGAUCUUGGUCUUGCACAGUUCAUCGCUGGUGUAAUCAACAUUUGGAGCCCUGAAACAGAUACAUCUGUUUAUAUGCAGUACGGUAUUUUUGUUGGUAUAUUAAUCUGCCACGGAAUCAUCAACUCGAUUGCUGUAAACUUGAACGGCAUAAUGAACCAGGCUGCUUUCUGGCUUAAUAUGUUGGGUAUCAUUUUUAUUGUUGUGGUUGGUUUGGCUAUCACCAGACCUUUGGCUACUGGAGACUUUGUGUUCACACAAUUCUAUAACGGAUCAGGAUUUUCUAGCAACGGAUUUGCCUUUUUGCUGGUUAUUUUGCAGUCCCAAUAUACUCUUUCCGGUUAUGAUAGUGCUGCUCACAUGAGUGAAGAAACCAAGAACUCCCAGACUGGAUCUCCCUUUGGUAUUCUUGUUGCAGUUGCUGCAAAUGCUGUCUCUGGUCUGGUCUUUUUGAUUGCCAUUAGCUUUAUGGUUACAGACUUUAUGGGCCAGAUCGUAUCUGAUGAUGCUAUUCAGCCUCAAAUGAUCCAAGUAUUCUACAGCGGUGUAGGCCCUGCAUGGACAAUGGUCUUCUUAGUUUUCGUUAUGCUCAGUAUAUUCUUCUGUGGAUCUGCCUUAACCCUUGGAAGUUCUCGUAUGGUGUACGCAUUUGCUAGAGAUGGAGCCAUGCCUUUCUCUAAACAGCUCCACAGCAUCAACCCCAAGACCAAGAGUCCAGUUUUUGCGGUCUGGUUCAAUGUUACAGUUGCUGGUAUUGUUGGGCUUUUGUACAUCAUCAACAGCACUGCCUAUGAAGCUAUUGUAUCUGUCAACACAAUUGGCUCUCAGAUGUCUUAUCUUAUCCCUAUCCUUUUACGUAUCACUGUGUCGCGCAACAAAUUUACACCUGGACCCUGGAACUUGGGACGCUAUAGUGUUGCUGUUGGUUACAUAGCUGCAGCAUGGCUUAUUUUUACCUGCUGUCUCUUCAUCUGCCCUACAGAGGCACCUGUCACACCAGACAACAUGAAUUAUGCAAUUGUUCCCUUUGCUGCUAUCAUGCUGUUUUCUUCAGGUUACUACUUUAUCUGGGGUCGUAAAUGGUUUACUGGCCCUGUACGCAUGAUUGAUGGUGAAGCCGUCAUUCUUGAAGAAGGCGAUGAGAUCCCUGAAAAAUCCUCACACUAA